AUGCCACAGUCUAGGACUCCUGCCCGAAAGAAAUAUCAAUUCUCAGGGCAAGUGGAUCAUAGGAAUGGGUAAAAGUAAUAUCACAUAGGGGUCCAGGGAGCAGGUAGACUGAUGAUUCUUAUCUGGAAGCCCCGUGUUCCUGCUAUGUAUAUGAAGCUAGUUAACUUUUGUAAACCACCUUGGGAGGGCUUGAUAUUGAAAGACAGCACAUAACUGGUAUUGUAGAUAAAUAAAUAUUGAAGGGGGGAACUUUCUUUUUUUGUAAAUGUUUUAUAUUAUUAUUUCAUUUUAAAAUGUACAUAAAACAAAGAGAACAAUGAUAACAAAAGACAAAAAUUAAAAGAUGAAAAAAAAUGGGGGGGGGAUUUCUGAGGAACCAUAUUGUCUUGAGGGGAAGAGAGAAUAAGAGAGAAUAAAAGAGAAACAGCUCCUGCCCACAACAGCCAGGAUAGGGACUUGAUCUCAGACCCCUCUCUUCAUUCCAUUGUAACACUGUAUUAUUAUUAGUGUUUUUUAUUAAACUCUGAGCAGCCUCUGAGAAGUGUGUCAUGAUUCCUAAAGGUAUAUUUAAUAAAGGAGUCAUGGUACUGAUAACUAUCCAGCCCAUUGCGGAAGAAAAGCACCAUUUAUGUGGGAGGAAUAAAUUGCCAUUUUCAGAAUUAUUUCCAUCUCUCUUCUCUGACAUAUUUGCAUUAAAAAAUAAAAGCAACAGCAUUAUUUGCUGGAACUGCAGUGUCAAGCAGAUACCUUGCCUAAUAACAAUCCUUUGAUGAUUCGGGACACUCAGUAAGUUCUGACUUUCCCAAAGGUCACAAAACAAUACUGCAAUAUGUGUGCAGUUUCCUUUGUUUUCUGUAUGGGGUUAUUGGGAUGCAACCCAACCCUGCUUUCAAGGGCUUCUCUGCAGCUAUAAGUGCUAAAGCUCAAUGGAAAGUGGCUGUUGCCCUCUCCCCUGGCCCAUGUACUCUAGACUAUGGACCUUCUGAGUUAUUUUCUCUCUUUAUCCUGAAACCCUUUAAAGAAAAUCUAAAUGAGAAAGAGUUAAGAUUGUUAGUAUGCAUAGUUACUGAAUUGUCUUAAACUUGUUAUAUUAGUACUCACCUUUUGCAUCUGUUUUGUUUUACUUUUAAUUUGUAUUUUCAAAAAAGGUUUGAUAGAUAGAUAGAGGCUACUAACCCUGAACAUGUUCUACCUCCACUGUCAAAGGCAGUAUGCUUUGGAAUACAGGUUGAAUAUUAGUACCUUCAUAUGAAAUCCUUGUGAGCCCUACACAAAUGUUUGCAAGGUUCCAGUUUCACUCUUCUUCUAAAAACAACAACAUUACUUCUAAAGUGCCUACUUUUUUAUUUGUGCUUUACAGAGAUUAAAAGACAAACCGGCCCCUUGCCUUCAAGCUCACAAACUAACAGACAUCAUACAAAAGGAAAACGUAAUGGGGAGGAAAGAGGAAAACAAGAAGAAAGGCAUAACUUAUUGAAGUUAUAUAAUUGUUCUGGACAGUUCCCCCCUCCCCUGCCUUUAAGUACACAUGCAUACCAGGGCUUGGCAAAAGUUGCCCCCUCCACAUCUCACCAAACUUUCGUCUGCUGCAAAGAGGUGUGUGGGUGUGCAUGUGUCAGGGACUUUGGGGUGGGGGCAAAUUACAGCUUUGAAAUAUGGCUUCAAGGUCUGUCAUUUGAUUUGUAACUAAAUUGCUUCUGUAUUACAGGAAUACAGUGGCAAUUCAGCAACGUUACGCAAAACUAGAGCACAAAAUCACAAUUCCCAUCGUUUCAUAACAGGCCUUCCAAGCAUGACUAGCCUGGUGGAAAGGAGAGAACCAGUAGGACAUGAUUAUAUCUAGAUAUAAAUACUAUAGGAAGAACAGGGAAGACAUACUGGAGUUGGUGUUGCUCUGGUUGUUAAAGAAAGCAUCAAAUUAGCAAGCCAGAAAUCCCCAAAGGGGCAGAUUCCUCAAUAGCACUGUGGAAAUUACAGGCUGGUUGGCUUAACGUCUGCCUUGGGGAAACUGGUGGGAGGUAUUGUUCAAGAUAAAACAACCAAUCAUAUAGGUAAAAAAGGUAAAGGACCCCUGGAUGGUUAAGUCUAGUCAAAGGCGACUAUGGAGUUGCGGCACUCAUCUCGCUUUCAGGCCGAGGGAGUCGGCAUUUGUCCACAGACAGCUUUCCAGAUCAUGUGGCCAGCAUGACUAAACCAUGUUUAGUGCAACGGAACACCGUGACCAGUCAUCUAGCACAAGCUGUGCUGAAGCAGAGCGAGCAUGAGUUCUGCAAGAGUAAGGCCUGUUUUAUUAACCUACAGUGGUACUGUACCUUGGGUUACAUACGCUUCAGGUUACAUACGCUUCAGGUUACAGACUCCGCUAACUCAGAAAUAGUACUUCGGAUUAAGAACUUUACUUCAGGAUGAGAACAGAUGUAGAAAGUGGAGUCCCCCAAGGAUCAGUAUUGGGACUUGUGCUUUUUAACUUUUUUUUUUUUUAAAAGAUCUAGAGUUAGGGGUGAGCAGUGAGGUGGACAAGUUUGCUGAUGAUACUCAGUUGUUCAGUCAUUAAAACAAAGAAGGAUAGCAAAAAGCUUCCAAAGGACUUCUUCAAACUGUGUGAAUGGGUGGUAAAAUGGCAAGGGCAAUUCAAUGUAAAUAAGUGUGAACUCAUGCAUGCUGGGGCCCCAAAUCCUAUUUAACCUAUACACUUAUGGAGUCAGAACUGGUGAUGACUAACCAGGAAAAAGAGUGAGCAACUCAAUGAAGAAGCUGACAGUGUGUGGCAGCGGUGAAAAAAAAAGAAAAAAGAAAAUAUCAUGCUAGGAAUUAUUAGGAAAGGAAUUGAAAAUAAAACUGCCGAUACAAGUACAAAUCUAUGGGGCAACUGCCUCUGGAACACUGUGUACAGCUCUGAUUGCCUCACCUCAAAAAGGUUAUUUUCGAGCUGGAAAGGUUUCAGAAAGGUGGAACCACCAUGAUCCGAGGGAUGGAGCAAUACCCUUAUGAGAAAAGGCUGCUGCAUUUGGGGCUUUUUAGAGGUGACAUGAUAGAAAGAUACAGUGCCUUUUUCUGGGGGGACACAGGGGUACACAUACCCCAGACAUUAAGUUUGGCCUCACUGAGGGGCAGUAUUUCAAUAUGAGUAGGAAAAUGAGAGUACCCCCUAAACAUUUUCUUUUUAGAAAAAAGCACUAGAAAGAUAUAAAAUUAUGCAUGGAGAAAACGAACCAUUUUUCUCCAUCUCUAGUAACACUAGAACUCGUGGACAUACAAUGUAGCUGAAUGUUGGAAGAUUCAGGACAAAAGAAUGUACAGUACUUUUUCUUCACACAGCACAAACUAUGGAACUCGCUCCCACAGGAGGCACUGAUGACAACCGACGUGGACGUCUUUAAAAGAGGAUUAGACAGAUUCAUAGAGAACAAGGCCACUGUACGUAUAUCAAUGCCUGCACCACCCCGGCGCUCUGCCCGUCUCCGUGGCCGGAGCCCGUACACUUCUGAAUACCAACGGCUAAGUUCCCUCAGAAUUAGUCUCUCAAACGCCGCGAGCUUGAACUCUCGCGAGAUCGUUAAGCUUAUAUAUUGCGCUCCCUCCGCCAGCGUCCUUUGAGUUGCAUGUCGUCAGCCGCGUUGCUGGUGAUCUGGCUUGGCCUGGCUUGAGCUCUUCCUCCCGGCUCGGGCUGCGCCAUGGCGCCUCCGGAUCUCGUUGACCGGCGUCUGCUCGCGGGCGGCCUCCUCCGCCUCCUGCUCUCGUCCGACUCGUGGGCGCAGCGGGCCUGUUAGUACCGGGGGAACCCAGUCCGGGGGCUGCGGGCGGCCCAGGAAGAGAAGGGAGGUAAGAGAAAGAGGCGGGCGGGAGGGCAGGCAGGCAAAGCAGCCGAGCGCGGCCUUGUUGUUUACGGCGCAUAGUGGGCGGGAUAGGCCGGUCGUGGAACCGCCGCAGACCAUCAGGAGGAGGCUGGGCUCGGGGAUGAAAGGCUCCGGCGGAAUUUAUUUUGCGCGACACCUUCCCAGACAUCUGCUUGGAAGAGCCUGAAGCCUACAGUAUUUGGAAAAUACCUGAACUGCCCCCCGGGACAGGGCGGGACGUGGACGGAAGAUGCUGCUUGUGGUGAAAUCUGAGGCAACCGCCUCUUUUUCUUAGGGUGCCAUCCUAAAAACACUUACUUGGGAGCAAGGCCUAUUGCAGGCUCCGUGAGACUUGCUCUCGAGUAAACAUGCAAAAAUAUAUUAAACGCGUUUUUAAUCUCACUGCAUGCGUUUUGUAAACUAACGCCUCUCCUUUCCCUGUCGGUGUUCAGCCUAACUAUGCAUGUCUACUCGGAAGCAAGCCAAAUACUAAUACUAAUUUACUGUUUAUACCCCGCCCAUCUGGCUGGGUUUCCCCAGCCACUUUGGGCGGCUCCCAACAGAAUAUUAAAAACACGAUAAAACGUCAGACAUUAAAAACUUUCCUAAACAUUGAGUUCAAAGGGGCUUACUCUCUGGAAAGCGAGUAUAGGGUUGUAGCCUAACCUAUGAGACGGACCUGUUGCCUACACUUGUCGGUGGUGUGGCUCCCUCCCUUACACACUUGCUUAGGGAAUGAUUGUUAGUGGACUAAACCUUUUGAGCCUACAGCAAAACUUAUUUUCUUUGCAUGUUGAUGGUUGUUCAAAGUGAUUCAUAAUAAUAUGUAAAGUGCUUCAGCAGUUAGAUGUUGUAUACAGUUAGUAUGUUAAAAGCAGCCAAUGCCACUAGCCCCUGCAUCCUCUCUCAUUAUUGGAGGAGGAAGAGAAUAGGCUCACUUGGAUUUAAACUGCUUGCUUGGCUGCAAGAAGUAGCAAUUGUUGGUCUCUAGUGAGAAAUGCUGGACAAGACUUAAGUGGCCAUUUGGACUCUGUGCCUUUUGAAGCUGCAUUUACAGCAUCUGUCUACUGUUAAUUGCAACCAUAUGGGAGAAUAUGCUGGCAUGAGCUAGUGGGUGUUUGUAUGGCUGCUUUCCAGGUCAGCAGUUUCUGCAGUUGGAAGAAGAAUAAAAUGCUUAGAACUGGCCAACAGAUGAUGGUUAGAAAAAUUAAUGUAAAUUACAUUGUGGUAUCUUAUUUAUAUCUCACCCACUCUGAUAACAUUACUGCUAUGGAGGCUAUAUCUAUGGCAAGUCUGCAUUUCCCUCAUGGAAAUACCUACCUCUCCUGAGUUAUUUGAUGCUUACCUUUGAUUGUCUGGGUAAAUCACCAGAAUACCUUUUGAGACCAUUGUAUUUUAUUAAUUCAAAGGUAAACUACCACUGUUGAUUGCUUUAUAUUGUGCUGGAAAACUUCCCAUUGCCUUGAAACCAGGUGCCAUUGUAGAUUACUUAGAUGUUGAUUGAGAUGUGGAGUGUUCUUUGACCCUGUCUUGUUGCCACUGCAGUAGGAAGGUCCACAGUUUGAAUUCCAUUGUUUGAAAGCAUGCUAGUGCAAGUAGAUAAAUGGGUACUACUUCAGUGGGAAGGUAAACAGCGUUUCCAUCAGGGUAUUCUGUUGUUCCAGAAGCAGUUUAGUCAUGCUGGUCGCAUGACCCGGAAAGCUGUCUGUGGACAAAUACCGUCUCCCUCAGCUUGAAGUGAGAUGAGUGCAGCACCCCAUAGUCAACUUCGACUGGACUUAAUUUAUUUACUACUGCAGUCCAAGUAUGCUAAUUUAUAACUUCAUAUUUAUAUUUUAUAUUUUUGCAAGUACUUGACAGUCCAACUGAGUGACGGUUUCUUUGGUGUGGUUGAUGUACAUAGUGUCUAGUUGAGACCGCUUCAGAUGUUAGAGAAUUCCCACAUAGAAUUGUAGAGUUGGAAGGAUCAUCUAGUCCAGGAGUGGCCAACUCCCAAGAGACUGCGAUCUACUCAGAGUUAAAAAUUGGCAGUGAUCUGCCCCCUUUUGGGGGGUUCAGGUCAGAGUUGUUGAGCUUUUUUUUUUAGGGAGGAGGAAAGCACCGUUUUGUGGGGGUGCGGGGCUAAACUGUUGAGCUUUUUUAAGGGAAGCCACAAAGUUGUUGAGCUUCUUUGGGGAAGCCAGUGAUCUACCUCAAGACAUUCAGUGAUCUACCGGUAGAUCACGGUCUACCUGUUGGACGUCCCUGAUCUAGUUCAACUCCCUGCAAUACAGAAAUUCCGCUCACAGCUGUCUCUGGGUGGGCUCAAACCACCAACCUAAUGGUUAACAGGUAGAUGAGGCAUUUGAGCGUUGUGCACUAUUUUCUCCUUUAUGAAGGUUGAAGUGGCUUUCUGUCAGUAUUGAAUUAGGUUAUUAUGAAUACAAUUUUACUGCAUUUGUAGACUGUCUUACUUUAGUAAAGAUUUAUUGCUUCUGAAUUUUUGUCAGUCUGUCUGCAUGGAAGCUCGUGAGGAUGGUUUGCUAGUUUCAGCAUCAGCAACAGAAUGGUCCUUUUUUGACAUCUUUCUCUCAUCAUAA